AUGUUCGACGGAGUACCUGGUUUCAAGAAAGAAGACAAUGGUCUAUUUGAAAUCGAAGCAACCGUUAGUGAUAGCGGUGCGGUAUGGGUUAACUUGGAUAGUGGGGUUAAGGAUGAUAGUAUCAAUGAAGACGCGAAGAGAAGUAUCGACAGAUUCUUGGGACUGAAAACCGUCAAAACUAGGUGGGUUGAUGGGAGGACUGUUGAAGGUGGCUUUAAUUGGAAGAAAGCAGUCAACCCAAACAUAUUCAACAUUGACCAGCCCGAUCUCUCGACACCUACGAUUCUAAGCUGGUUCAAUAAUGAGCCUAGAGAGACGUCAGCCCUUCAUGUGUUUCCAAACUCCACCGUAUACAAUAUUCCUGGCACAAAACUUUGGUACUCGGUGAUCGUGUUCCCAUCAUCUCCAAACAAGAGCCAGAUUCGCUACGAUAUUUACUCCAGCUCCAGCAAAUCAGAAACAUCAAUCGAGAAUGCUAUCGGCACGCAACUCGAACGAAUGAUUAGCACCCAAGCCAAAUAUCUCGAGCACUCGGCCAGUAGUCAAUGUUUUAAUCAUGAGAAUAAAGAUUUCCAAACCGAAAUCCUUGUCCACCUCAAAGCUCAUUCGAAAGUGGAAAGGACCUUGGGAAGACAAGUUAUCCCAGAACUCCACAAAUCUCGAACCAGUCAGAAGUUUCUCCAGGCCGAAAUAUUGUGUAAUAAGUUAGAUUGCUUGAGUCAGAAAGGUGCAAGCAAAUCUGCAACCGGCGGAGAGAUUCUUGCCUGGUGA